AUGAAAAUGCAAUGCCGCCUCGCAGACCUAUAUGUUAUCCUGAGCGUUACUAUUGUUUGCUGGAUUCUGCCCAACUUUGCGCUUAAGAGCGGUGAGCUCCCGACCUUGCUGCUUACAAACAUGUUGACGGUUGCUGACAUAUUUAACCUGCUGAAUUGUUUCGAUGAACCUUUGGCUCCUAUACGCAGCAUAUGGAGCACGGUCAUUUGUGUAUGGCCAGCCAGUCUACUCCACCGCUUCUGCAAUAACAUAACAAGCCUUGUGGAUAUUUCUACUGAAGCUGAUGAUGGCUGGGACGAUUCUGAAUCGCACUCAUCGGCAUCGUUGGACUCACGCUCUGACUAUUCGGGUUCUGACUCUUUGGGGUCUGACUCUCGAUCUUGGUCAGAAUAUGUGGAGGAGACCAAUAAUCAGAAUUUUCUCGUGCGCGGUUCCAGUAACAUUGAUACGUGCCAGUCAAACAGUUCACCUCUGGAAGAAUGCACAUCCAGCCUAUUCUCUGUUAUCGUCGACAGUGGGGACUUGCCGUUUUUGUGUGUGCGUUGUUACCUGCUGUCCCGCGUUAAUCGGUACAAUCCCCAAAUCUAUUUCUUCGCCGCGAAAAAUACACUCUUCAUUGUAGUGGAGCGUCUAUUCACCGUUCUACCUUAUCUAUGUUGCCAGUUUGAUGGCACUUUCUUUUUGAUGUCCACACCUUUCUUUGAAUUUAAAAAAAUCAUGACUUUCUGGUCAUUCAUUUUACUCCACGUUGUCUUUAAUAAUAUAUCCAGCGUUGAAGGUAUUGCCUUGCCCGACGUGGAAAGUCUGCUAAAUUCUGACGACGUCGAAAGCGGUCAAUGGGAUGCUAAAUAUAACUAUUCGACAUCAACGGCCUCAGUCUCUGCCUUUUCGGAAUCGGCCUCUGGAUCUGCUUCAGGUUCUUAG